AAGUUAAUUGCAAGCCAUUUAGGAGAAGGAUGUUUUCACGCUUGCUCAUCCUCUCUCUGCUGGUGGGGAACACAGCGUCGGGGCCGGUGAGCAGAGCAGAGCCUGCAGCAUCCAGGGACGUCACCACCUUUUUCCAGCUGGCUCAAGAAGACUCUUGGGAGAAUGUUAAUCUCACCAGCAUUUCCUGUGAGGAUCGGAAGAACAGGACCUGGAUCACCCUGCAGCUGACCAACAGCAGCCUGACAGCUUUCCCCGUCUGCCUUCCAGAGGCCCUGGAGACCUUGGAUCUCAGCAACAACCUCUUAGAAGAGGUGAAUGGCACGGAGAUAGCAAACCUCCCGCGGCUGCGUGCCCUCUCGCUGAGGCAGAACCAUCUCUGGUCAGUUAGAUGGGGAUCUGAAGCCCUCAGCAGUCUCCUCCACCUGGACUUAAGCUUUAAUAAGCUGUCGUCUGUGCCAUCAUGCCACAGCUCUGCCCUGCCUAACUUGAGGUGGUUGUCCCUGGCUGGAAAUCCACUGAUUGAAAUCCAGCCGCUGGCUUUUUCCUGUUACCCUCAGCUACAGUUCCUGAACCUCUCUGCAACGCUGCUUGGGCAGGAUGACAGCAGAGGAAUUAGGGUGUCUGCUUUUGCCAUCAGCACAUCUCCCAAUGAGACCACGAACAGGCCUGGAAACACCAUCAACAUGCUUGAUCUGAGCGGGACCUUUCUUGAGAAAAUUCAACCAGAGUGGACCAGAGACUUGCCCAACCUCAGAUCACUUCACCUGACAAAGAUGUCACGAUUAAGAAGCCUCGAUACUGACUUCUUCAAGUCCAUGCCUGGUCUCCGAGAGCUGACCUGUCAAGACUCCCACUCACUGGGUUUCGUGAGGACAGAGAUGUUUGACAGUGCUCCUCAUCUGAGUCAUCUCUCGUUUGAGAACUGUAACCUGACUUCCUUUAAUCCUUGGAAUACCAAUUCAUCGGAUAGCAUCAUCAUCAACUUGUAUGGAAAUCCUCUGUUAUGUGACUGCCAGCUCUCCUGGCUGCUCUCCAAGCCCAAGAAAGUUGUGCUGCAAAAGGCUUGGGAGACCUUUUGCAACACAUCCCAGGAAGAUUGGGGCAGACCUUCAACAUCUUUUUCACUGCUAGAGCUCUACGAUAAAUGCCAGUCUGAGAGAAACAUUACGCUGCCCGAUUCAAACACACCCUCUCCCGAACACCAUGCUUUCAGCCUUACCAGUUACGAUGCCACUACUACAGCAACAACAACAGACUCUGCUCCGCUAACCAAAGACACUUACACCAGCACGCUAAAUCAGAGGAAUGUAAUGAGCACGACGGCAGCCAACCCAACUGAGCCAAUGCUCACAAAGGCCAACAGUUCCUCCCACAAGGAGGAAGCAGUUUCAGAAUCCACGAGCAAUCCCCCUUCCUUCGCGUCCGUAACCACCUCCCCAGGUUUUCUCAAAGAGCUCUAUAGUCAGUCCUCAGAUCGUGGCUCCACGAGUCAAACUGAAACAGAUCAGCUAAAGAGAGAGCUCAGAACAACCGACGUGACGUUUCCCCAGGAAGGCCCAUUCAACCAGCCCACUAGUGAUUAUUCUACUAGAGCAACAGGAAACCCUGAUGCCACUGACCAUUAUAUUCACUCCUUUGCCACUCACGCUGGGGAAGGUACACCACAAACGAGCCUACCACAGCUGAACUCCACCAGGACCAAUGCUCGGUCAGAGCCUGCAUCCACCAGAUCACUGAUACACUAUGUAGAUGACUAUGAUUACGAUGAACAGUCGACAGAAACCCCAGUGCAACUGGCAUACACCUCCUGUGACUACAAUCCUUGCAGGCACCUUCAGAAGCCAUGCAGUGAACUUCAGAGUGCAUCCCAAUGUUUAUGUCCUGGCAUGUCAAGGGAAGAUGAGGUUCCAGAUCCACCGAUGCUCAGAGAGGUGUCUGAAGUUACAGACAGCUCUGCGCAGAUACGCUGGUGCGCCCCAAGUUCAGUUGUUCACACCUAUGAGCUGAUGCUUCAUGCUCAAGGCAACGAGGACAGACAGUUUGUCCUGGACAAUAUUUAUUCCACAGCAAGGCAGUACACUCUGUAUAAUCUAUUACCAUACACCACUUACCACAUUUGUGUGACUGCUUCGAACAAAGCAGGGUCAAGCCAGACAGUAAGUCAGGGAAUUCCAGGUAAUUCGUGCACCAGAUUUAAAACAAAACCCAGCUACAAGUCUGUCUUUGCUGCUCUGUCUGCAGCAAGCGGACUCUUUCUCAUUUCCACAAUUAUUUUGUCUGUAUGUCUGUGUAAGGCAUGUAAAAAGCCUCAGAGUGAGCAAUAUGGUACACACUUAGUCUCUUACAAGAACCCAGCAUUUGAUUAUCCGUUAAAACUACAAACCACUAAUUAGCUCUAGGUGAUUGUUCUACACAUUCAAAGCUCACUGUCUCUAUCACCUUGGUAUGUUUUUGUGAGACUCUCAAAAUGUCCUUCAGCAAAACUAUGAAACAUCAGACUUCAUAGCCCUUACGUUUCUAAGGGAGAGAAAAAACACAAGAAAAGAAAAACUAAUAAUGAAGGUAGUCAAACAGAAAAAAGCCUUUGGACUCUUGUUCAUGUGCUAAGCAGCAGCAAACCUGGACACUAACCUUGAAAAGUCGUUUUUAUAAUCGCCUACAAAUAUACUAGCAUACAUUUCACACAGUGAGAGGCUGCUUUGCCAGCUGUCUGCCUCCAGUAUCUCUCAUGGAUACAGUCCGCUGAGAGCCAUGAACCAAGAUGCAUCUAGCUAAGCAAGAUAGACUCUGCCUUUAUUCACAUAAGUGAAGUUGGGUUUUCAAUUUCUUCUAAUGUCCAUAUAAAGGUAUUAUCGAAAAAGAGAGUAUUACUGGAAGGAGUGAGAGAAGGGUCUCCUUGGGCUCAGUGGCAAGGUGCUGUGCAGAUCUAACUCCGGUAGUAACUCCGGUGACUGGAACUGCUCAGCCAAACUUCAGUUCAGGAAAAAGAAACAUGAAGAUUAAUUGUAAAAAAGGACAGUGCAGGAUCCUUAGGGCAAGGAUAAUUUUUUUGUUCUGACUUCGUAUGAUGUUUUCCACAACUGAGGCUGCCGAGUGCUACCACAAUAUCAAUUUACAGACAGUGAGGAGUUUGCAGUAUAGCAGUAACCCACAGAAGGGGGGAGCACAUUAGCAUUUGCUUCACAAUUGGUUUUAAGCAGAGAUGAUUGCUCAGUCCCAUCUACAGAUUUAGCCGGCUGAUGAUUUACCUCAUACGGAGGCAAAGAGCCAAGUAAUGAAACAAUUUAAUGCGUAUGUUGCUGAGACUUGAAAAACUGAAAUCCCAUCCACUAGCAGCAGACAGUUAUGCAGACAUUUUUCAAAUGUACUUUUGGGUGCUAAUUUCUGCUACAAAAAUAAUCAGAGAUGCUGAGAAUCCCAGUUCUUCAGCAGCUUUGAGCUUGCCAUUAAAAUUCAAAGAGAUGUUUGUGUAAGGGGAGGCAUUUGGUCCGGUCAAAUACUUCUUAUUCAGAGACCCAUAGGUUUAUGUUCCAGUAGCUGCAUGUUUCUGCUGCUGUAUACUGCUGUAUAGAUACAAAAUGUAAAAUCCCCCCAGAUCUCAGAGAGUGAAAAGUGCUAUACAGUGUAAAAGAGCCUCUGUUCUGUUCAUUUUUUUUUAAAUGCUUCCAGUAUUAAUGGAAAUAAAAGCUACAGAGUUGAGUUCUGGUUCUUUGUUAAAGACCUAGAUCUUUGUGUUCUCUUUACCAUCUACAAUGUUUAGCCUGAGGAAUUAACUCAAGCAUUUUGUUGUUUUGGAACAAACUUUCAGCAUAUAGUAAAGUAAUGUUUUUAUUAUGGUAA